GUCGCUGGUGACACUGACUUAUAUGUCACAAGUUGUAGCCAACGCAUAACAUCCUAACAUGUUUUCCUCUCAAUCAUCUUACGAACGGACAGGCAUUUCCUCCUUGCCUUCUCCCUAUCCCUUCUCAGUUUCCAAUGUAUCCCCAGCGCCGACCCAUUAACAACACAAACAUCACAGCAACUUGGACAAACAUACCGUUACAUGUCAAACUUGGCAUUUCACAAGCAGAAAUGGAUGCCCAUCUAGCUUUGCACGCGCACGUGCACGAUUACGAAGAAUGCGAGGGAGUGUGUGAACCAAACUUGAAAUCCGAAGCGGAUGAACAAGCAUGUCUGGACACCGUGAUAGAGACCAGGAAGUUGGCGGAGAGAGAAGCCGUAGAAGGGAAUAGGAAGCAGCGUUCAGAUGGACGUGACUACAAUACGAAAAUGGCGUCGAAUGAGGAUGUUAUGGAUCGAGUGAAGUAUGGACAGAGAGUCCACACUUCCUUUGAGGACCUUGAAGAUAUCGUGAUUCUUGGAAAUGGUAUAGCAACAUUAUCUCGUACUUCCUUCCCGUCUCGUAGGUCGUUAUCCAACGGCGCUUUGCCCCAUGACAUCCUCUCAGUUGUUCUAUUACUCCAAAACGCCUUGCUGGGUGACGGUGAUACGUUGGUACAUGGCGAGUGACAUGCUUGUGGGUAUGCGCAAAGUCGGAAUGAAACUCUCUACGUGUGAAUGCGUAGGUAGUCC